CCCUCAAACCGGAUGUGUCAAGUGUCAACAAAAUGCAAACACGUGUGGUGUAGCGGUCUAGGAAGAAGCAUGUGUCAUAUAAACCCUUUAAGGAGGUAUACAAAGAAUUAAAAAGAAGAUAAAUGCGUGGAUUUUAAGGAAUACUCGCCGAAAUGAAGUUUGCUUAUAGGUUUUCCAAUCUGCUCGGAGCUGUCUAUCGUCAGGGAAAUCUGAGUUUCUCCAAAGAUGGUAACGCUGUUAUCAGUCCGGUUGGAAACAGAGUCUCUAUCUUCGAUCUGAAAAACAACACAUCUGAGACUCUACCUGUCUCCACCACUAAAAACAUAACAUGUGUGGGUCUCUCACCUGAUGGGAAUUUAGCAAUCGUGGUCGAUGAAGAUGGUGCGGCUUUGUUGGUCAGUCUCAUCACCCGAGCGGUUCUUCAUCAUUUCCACUUUCACAAGCCUGUCAACAGCAUCCGCUUCUCACCUGACGGCAGGAAGUUUGUUGUCACGAAGGAGAAUGUCGCUCUGAUGUACCACGCUCCUGGGAAGAAGCGCGAGUUUAACGCCUUCGUGUUGGACAAGAGCUACUACGGUCCCUAUGAUGAAACCACCUGCAUCGACUGGACAGACGACUCCAAGUGCUUCGUUGUGGGCAGCAAAGACAUGUCAACGUGGGUGUUCGGUGCAGAGCGCUGGGCCAACCUUAUCUACUACGCCCUGGGUGGACAUAAGGACGUCAUCGUGGGCUGUUUCUUUGAGAAGGACAGUCUGGAUUUGUACACGGUGAGCCAGGACGGGACGUUGUGUGUCUGGGAGAGCGACACCGAGCUGGACGGACUCGUCCUGACGAAGACCCAAAAGAAACCCAAGACCCCGAGGCAGGGGGACGAAGAGGAGGAUGAUGACGAGGAGGAAAAUAUGGAGGGAGAGGAGGGAGAGGUCAUCAGAGGGAAAGCUGAGGCUCCCAAAGGGGAGACGACCAAAAACGUUCGAUACAAACAGAAGAGCAAACACUUCUUCAACAAAGAGGGGGAUUUUAACAACCUGACAGCGGCCGCCUACCACAAGCCGACUCACAUCCUCGUCACGGGUUUCGCGUCGGGAAUCUUCCACCUGCACGAGCUGCCAGAGUUUAACCUCAUUCACUCCCUCAGUAUUUCGGAUCAGAGGAUCACCUCAGUGUCUAUAAACAGCUCUGGAGACUGGAUUGGCUUUGGGUGCUCAGGGAUGGGUCAGCUGCUGGUGUGGGAGUGGCAGAGCGAGUCGUACGUCUUCAAGCAGCAGGGGCACUUCAACAACAUGGCGUCUCUGGCUUACUCGCCAGACGGACAGUACAUCGCCACGGGAGGCGACGAUGGAAAAGUCAAAGUGUGGAACACCAACAGCGGCCUCUGCUUCGUCACCUUCACCGAACACACCAGCAGCAUCAGCAGCGUCACCUUCACCUCCAGUGGCUUCGUCAUCGUCAGCGCUUCUCUGGACGGCACGGUCAGAGCGUUUGACCUGCACAGGUACAGAAACUUCAGGACGUUCACCUCACCCCGGCCGGCGCAGUUCUCUUGCCUGGCAGUAGAUGUCAGUGGAGAGCUGGUGAGCGCCGGAGCUCAGGACUCCUUUGAGAUCUUUCUGUGGUCCAUGCAGACGGGCCGUCUGCUGGAGGUCCUCGGCGGCCAUGAGGGUCCAGUCAGCUGCCUGUGUUUCAGUCCGGUUCAGUCCAUCCUGGCCAGCGCCUCGUGGGAUCGCACCGUCCGGCUGUGGGACAUGUUGGACAGCUGGCAGGUCAAAGAGACACUUCCCCUCACCUCUGAUGGUUUGUCGGUGACAUACCGCCCUGACGGUCAGGAGUUGGCUGUGGCCACUCUGAAUGGUGAGAUCUCUUUCUGGAACCCACAAACAGCCACACAGACCGGCUCGGUGGCCGGACGCCAUGACCUGGAGACAGGUCGCAAGGAGACCGAUAAAAUCACAGCCAAGCAGACGGCGAAGGGCAAGUCCUUCACUUCACUGUGCUACUCUGCGGACGGGGAGUCGAUCCUGGCGGGAGGACAGUCCAAGUUUGUCUGCAUCUACAACGUGAAGGAGCAGAUGCUCAUGAAGAAGUUUGAGAUCUCCUGUAACCUGUCUUUUGACGCCAUGGAGGAGUUCCUGGACCGACGGAAGAUGACGGAGUUCGGCAGCCUGGCUCUGGUGGACGAAGGAGCUGGAGACGGAGAUGGAGUCAACAUCAGCCUCCCUGGAGUCAGGAGAGGUGAUAUGAGUUCUCGACACUUCAAGCCAGAGAUAAGAGUGACGUCACUGCGGUUCUCCCCGACUGGUCGCAGCUGGUCGGCCACCACCACCGAGGGCCUGCUGGUCUACUCCCUCGACGGCACUCUUGUCUUUGACCCCUACGACCUCGACCUGGACGUGACGCCGGCCAGCAUACGUAAGCAGCUGCGGCUAAAGGACUGGGCGUCAGCAAUCGUCUUGGCAUUCAGACUUAACGAAAAAGCCCUCAAGCAGGAAGUGCUGGAAACGGUGCCGCACGAGGAGAUUCCUGUAGUUUGCGCCUCUCUUCCUGACAUCUACGUGGAGAAGCUUCUGGGCUUCGUGGCGGCAUGUUUGGAGAAGUCGAGUCACCUGCAGUUCUACAUGACGUGGGCUCAGAAUCUGCUCAUGCUGCACGGACAGAAACUCAAGAACAGGUCUGGAGCCAUACUGCCGACACUCCAGGCUCUGCAGAAGAGCAUCCAGAGACACUUUGACAGCCUCUCAAAACUGUGUGACUUUAACAAGUACAACAUUCGUUAUGCUGUGGCUCUGUCGAAGCAGAGGGGCGUCAAGAGAGCAGCUGAGGAGGACGAGGGCAUGGAAGAGGAUGAUGUUGAUGAUGAUGAGGAGCUGUCCGAGGGGAUGAGCGAGGCCUCCAUUGAGGGAGCAGACAUGAUUCUGUAGCCUCAUUCCGACAACAGAGAAGAAUAAUGUUGGACUGUAAAAGCGUAUAUGUUUGUACUUCAGAAAACAUUUUGAUUGUGAACUGUUUUUUAAUUAAAUACAUGUAAAUGUG